CGUCACGUUCAAUUUCCCGCCACUGAAAAAUAAAAUUUCAAGUAUCUGCGAGACAGCGAUCAUACUUAAAACAUCUCAUCUCCGAAUGUAGAAUAUCCUCGAGCGGUGCCACGUCUUUAAUAGAGAUGUCAGCUGGAAACGCAUCAUAUAGAGAACUGCAUGAACAGUUUGUGAGCGAUCAUGUUGGCACAACAUCGGCAGAAGUCAGUGCUAUUCUAUGUGCAACAGGUAUAGCGGUGUUUUCUCGAGCCUGUGUACAGAUGUUCCUUUGGAAAAUAACGCCUCGUUUCACAUGGUACACGGUGGCCAUUGAUCACGUUUGCCUGGUGCUUCCCCUUCAGCUCAUUCUGACAGUCUGGAGUGAAUACAUAUCUCUUUGCCUACUUUGCAUCCUUGUAUUGUCCCUGGCGGUUGUCAUAUUAAAGCUCAACUCAAGGCGUUUCAAAACCAAAUGGCUCAGCUGGAGUGAGAUCCGAGACAGACAUAUAGAUCCCCAAUUAUCUUUUAUCAAUAAUUUCCGAGGGUAUGUGCUCGUUUAUACUGCUAUAUCCAUUCUUGGUGUGGAUUUUUCAAUAUUUCCGCGGCGGUUCUGUAAAGCGGAAACCUAUGGCACGGGUGUCAUGGACACUGGAGUGGGGCUGUUUGUGAUCUCGAAUGCCAUUGUGUCACCAGAAGCUCGUGGCAAGCACAUAAAUCGAGGGAUUCGUUGCCUAGUGAAGAAUCUCAUCUCCUGUUUACCAUUGCUGAUCCUGGGACUACUGCGAUGUGCCCUUACAAAGGGAGCUAACUACAAUGUGCAUGUCUCUGAAUAUGGUGUACACUGGAAUUUCUUCAUCACACUUGCUGCUUUGAAGAUCAUGUCCACACUUUUCUACAUCUCUGUACCUGAGUUUCUGUGGAGCCUGUGUGCCUUAGGUGUGGUGGUAGGCUAUCAGUACAGUCUUGACUAUUGGGGAGUGAGGGACUACCUGUUACAUGGGGAGGAUGGACAGGGUGGCCGUGAGGGAUUAAUUAACGCCAAUAGAGAGGGCAUCUUCUCCUGUCUAGGGUUCUUUGCACUGUACGUUUUUGGUACAGAAAUAGGAAAAAUGAUCUUCAGAUAUGAAAGAUCUACCAUGUCGGCCUGGAGAACUCUGUUGGUUGUCAUGGCUGUCACAUCCAUGUUUUUCUGGGCAAUUUACAAUAUAUCGGCACUGGCCUAUGGAGAAUCAGUAUCUCGAAGAUUUGCCAACCUCACCUAUGUUUUGUGGAUUUUGGCACUUUCUACACAGACCAUGUCUGUUCUGUUGUUGGUGGACCUCAUAGUGGAGUACCUCAGACUAUCAGCAGGAGUGACGAUUCAGACGAAGCCAACUACAGGUCUUCUCAAUGCUAUCAACUAUAAUGGUCUAUUUUAUUUUCUGCUGUCCAAUCUCCUGACUGGAUUGGUGAACGUCUCCAUGGCAACCAUCCACAUGCCUCCAUUGCCAAGCUUACUUAUACUCACACUGUACAUGUCUAGUCUCUCUGCCAUAUUCGUGCAUUUGUUUGUAAGGAGAGUGACAUUAAAGUUCUGGUAAUUUG